AAUUUCCAAUAACAUUCCAGAUCCCGACCAGCCAACCAACUCCACGCUCAGAGUCUCCUCUCUCACUCCAUUAAACUAUAAGAUGUCCAUUUUCCACACCAACUCCCGAAACCAAUAGGACCACCAAAAGAAGAAAAGAAGACCAGAAACCAAAAGGCACCAGCCUUUGCCCAUUGACCUUUUAUUCGAUGUCCUUUCCUUAUCGACAUUCUUCAUCGCCUCUUUUUUAUCGAAAUUCCCAUAUUCGGUGAUAAUCGCUGUUGAAAUCGUAGAUAUAUACAGAGAUUGGGAUUGACGAUGAAUGCCAAUCGACGUGAGUACUCAAGUUUUGGUUAUGGCGGAGGGAAGAAUGGUAGAGGGAAUGAGAGUGCGGGGGAUCAUGUACUGGAGUUUCUUGCGGCGGCUGCGGAGAUGAGUGUGGAGUUUGGGAGAGGGUGCAGGGAUAUAGUGAAGCAGACGGUAAUGAGGGAGGAUUCGUUUAUUGUGAAGAAUUUUGGGAGAGGUUCGUACUUAGGGAGGAAGGUCAGGGCCGCUUUUGGAAAAUUGAAGGUGUUCAAUGACUACUUGCCGGAGGAUAAGGAUCCGAUGCACGCAUGGUCGGUGAUUGUCUUGGUGUUACUUCUUGCACUUUUAGCUUUAUAUGUUAAUACUGAAGACGAUGCUUCCACUUUGUCGGAGAAGAAGAUUUACAUCCAUCCUCCUAGUGCUCAGCGCAUAUUACUUCCAGAUGGUAGACAUGUGGCAUAUAAGGAGCAUGGUGUUCCUGCAGACAGAGCUAGAUUUUCAAUGAUUGUUCCACAUACAUUCCUUUCCUCCCGGCUGGCCGGAAUACCUGGAAUUAAGGAUUCACUACUAGAAGAAUUUGGAGUCCGCUUGUUAGCAUAUGAUCUUCCUGGUUUUGGUGAAAGUGAUCCUCAUCCAAGCCGUAACCUUGAGUCGUCAGCAUUGGACAUGUCAUUCAUGGCAAAUGCUUUGGGUGUUGGUAACAAGUUCUGGGUGGUAGGAUACUCAAGUUCAAGUCUGCAUGCUUGGGCUGCUCUCAGAUACAUUCCUGAUAGACUUGCAGGUGCUGCAAUGUUUGCCCCAAUGGUCAAUCCAUAUGAUCCAUUGAUGACCAAGGGUGAGAAACAUGGAACUUGGGAGAAGUGGACACACAGAAGGAAGUUUAUGUACUUUCUCGCUCGAAGGUUUCCUAGAUUGCUUGCUUACUUCUACAGAAGAAGUUUUCUCUCUGGGAAGCAUGGCCAGAUUGAUAAGUGGCUUUCAUUGUCUCUGGGAAAGAGGGACAAAGCUUUGAUAGAGGACCCAAUUUAUGAAGAAUUUUGGCAGAGGGAUCUGGAAGAGUCAAUUCGACAGGGAAACACAAAGGCAUUUGUUGAAGAGGCUGCACUAAUGGUGUCAAAUUGGGGUUUCAGCCUUGGAGACCUCAAAUUGCAAAAGAAGAAGCAAGAUAUAGGCAUCCUCCGUUGGCUCAAUUAUUUACUGAGAGCUCAGGAGGAAUAUACAGGUUUCUUUGGUCCAAUACACAUAUGGCAGGGAAUGGAAGACAUGGUUGUCCCCCCAUCAAUGACUGAUUUUGUUCACCGAAUUUUACCUGGGGCUGCUGUGCAUAAGCUCCCUUAUGAGGGUCAUUUUACUUAUAUCUACUUCUGUGAUGAAUGCCAUAGACAGAUAUUGACGACCCUUUUUGGUACUCCACAAGGCCCUCUCAGCAACACCAUAGAAAUAGAGAAACCGCAGCAUGAAGGUAACACAGAGGAACGGGAAGUCGAAACAUCAAAGUCUGAGAGUUAGUUGGAGAACAGGGAAAAGGUAAUCCACACCAUAGAUUGGGAUGUAUUUUACUCAAGAUAGUAAAAGUAAAUGUGUAUAGAUCAUAGGUUUGCUCUGCUACUCAUAGAGCAUUGAAAGAAUUAGAUCACUUUUUUUGUAUGAGCUUUUGGCUGAUUCUGGAGCAGAUAUGGGAGGUUCGGUGGUUUUGCCUGAAAGCUUUGGAGAUAUCAUUAGCAGAGUUAAGUAUACAAAUAAUUGUCCCUUUUCUUUUGUUCUCCAUCUACUGCCAAUUUGGUUGUCAGCUGCAUCUUGUUUUUCCUACUGAUAAAAAACAAUUUGACUGCA